AUGGGCGUAAAAGAAAGAACAGGGCGGUGGUUGUUCUGGGCUGAGAGAGUCGGAUUCUUGAUUAUGGCGUUUUUAUGGGUGGCUAUCACUGAGUGGCGGUGGUUAACGCCUGAAUCCUAUAGAUUGUGCAUCACCAAUUUGAAGUUAUUCUGGAAGUGCACUAAUUCCCUCUACUUAUUGGUGUUUGCCUCACAGGGGCUAUUUCGAUUUUGGACGAAACUUCAUAACUCCUCCUCCUCUGCAAAUUCCACACCCAAUCUCAUCAUCAAUAGACCAACAGAAGAAGAAUCCCUUUCCCUGGCUGCUGCAGCUUCAUUGUUGUUUGAGCAGUUGGCGGUGUUGAUUUGGGAGACUGGUAUCUGGGUUGUGAAGCAUCCGGGUUUCUUGUUGGAAAGAUUAGCACUUUUGAUUUGGUUCUGUGGUGCAGAAUACCGUGAUGAUCUGCCGGAUUAUUGGAUUUUGCAGUCUUGCCAUACCAUAUUUUUCCCCUUUUUGAACAUAUACUUUGCUUGGAAUGGAUAUUCAAAGGAAUUCCAACAUGAUUUCCAUCAUCAUCAUCAUCAGAAGAAUCAUCAUCCGAGCUCAGAACAGGUUACUUACAGAAGAGCAGAGCUGGUGCUAUUCUGGGUUGAAAGGCUUGGUUUCUUCACUUUGGCUUUGGGUUGGCUUUUCAUCAGACCAAUAACUGAGAUCCUGAGGCAGGAGGAUUUAUGGGACACAUACAUUACCAUCAUUGGUUGUUUCUGGCAGGCCACCAACUUGAUAUACUUUACCAUGUACAUUGGGAAGCUAUUAGGAUUAGUAUCGCGCAGGGGUGGCAAGAAGAAGAAGGGAGUUUUGUUGCUGCUGGUGAAUAAUUUCAAGAGGCACCCAGGAUUUUGGUUGGAGCGACUUGCCAUUUUGAUAUUCGUCUAUGCACUCCAUCGCUCUGUUGGUCCUAACAAUGAAGGGAAAUAUGUGGUGCUGGACUCCUGCAUUUCGGUGAUUUUUCCACUGUUGCAUAUAUACUUGGCCGGGUUUGGACCCAAUGAAUUCCAACUCGCUGAUGAUAUUCAUGAUGUUGAAGUGCCGGUGCCGGUGCCGGUGCCGGUGAACUUGACCUACAAAGAGAAAAAGCCUUAG